ACAGUAUUGAUUGCGUAAAAAUGAACAUUGGGAUACAAACAUGUCGAUAUUUUCGCUAUUUUUGUUUCGCAUGGCGGACUAUUUGACAUGGCGGAUCGACUUCGACGGCGCUCUUCGCGUUUUCCUUUUUGAGAAAGUGCUCAGAGUUUUGGAAAUAGAGGAGGAGGGUGAACCAAACUGAGCCGGGGUUGAAGGGUCUUGGGGGCAGCAUCACUUUCGAAAGUUUGUCUCGGUAAUUUCCUGGAGUCUCCAAACCACCGACUGGUCUGGUUUGUUUACAUUUUGUGGCCCAGGCGUGUAUGCGUUUUAUCAGCCAUUUACGAGACAACGCGGUCCAGCUCGUUGGGCUGGUGUUUAGAGACUCGGUUCAGUAAAUAUAAUGUUACCGAGCCGGGUUGGAUCGGCACCAUCUGGAAACGGCUCAGCUUCCGGCAGAGGUAACAACACAGGACACGGUUCGGGGAUUGUCGGCAGCGGGAUCCGUCCCGUUUUGGUGAGAGCAGGGCAAGCUUUACCGGGGGUCAGCGAGAGUACCGGUGCAGCCGGGCGACAGGCGGAAAGAGACGCCGUCGGGAUGCUGGGGGCUAAUGGUCCAGGGGGUCCGAGAGGUGUAAGACCCGGGAACGGGACUGGGGUGACUCCUCUACAGAGCGCCGUCCAGGGCAACAUGGUGGGGCUUAACACGGGGGUUGUGUUGCCUCACGGAGCCCGGUUCGACCCGGACAGAGAGAGUGCUCCUAUGUGCAGCGGCUCGGAUAAUGACUCGGACUCCGGAGAUGAUGAUGACCCAGUGGGUUCACUCGGGGACAGCAGGAGAGGGGUUAAGCGAGAGAGAGGGGAGGUGGAGGCUGCGGUGACGGGGCAGGAGGUGGGAAUGGCUCCCGGAGGUUACGGCAUGGUCCCCGGAGGGGUCGUCGGGGCAAAGCCGGGGAAGAAAACACGUGGGCGCGUCAAGAUAAAGAUGGAAUUUAUUGACAACAAGUUGAGACGUUACACCACUUUCAGCAAGAGGAAGACUGGCAUUAUGAAAAAGGCGUACGAGCUCUCCACGCUGACGGGAACCCAGGUUCUGCUGCUUGUGGCCAGCGAAACAGGCCACGUCUACACUUUUGCCACCCGCAAACUCCAACCCAUGAUCACAAGUGAAACGGGCAAAGCCCUGAUCCAAACAUGCCUCAACUCGCCGGACUCGCCGCCGCGCUCUGACCCUUCCACGGACCAGCGCAUGAGUGCCACGGGCUUUGAGGAAACGGACCUCACCUAUCAGGUGUCUGAGUCGGAGAGCAUGGGCGACACAAAGGACACACUGAAGCCAACGUUCACGGUAGCCAGUCUACCAGGCAGCACCAGCAGCGCUCAGUGCACGGUCCCCACCACCUCCACCACCAUGCAGGUGAGCAGCGGACCUUCGUUUCCCAUCACCAACUACCUGGCGCCCGUAUCGGCCAGCAGCAACAUCAGCGCCAACGGUACCGUCCUCAAGACCGCCGCUGCCUCCGCCGGGGUCAUGCAGCUGCCCAGCGGCUUCACUUUCAUGCCCGAUCGGACAGACCAUGGGACAACAAACAGGAUCAUCUUAGCAGGCACUCCUCUCCCCCCCGGCACCCCCACCAUUCCUCUGAGCCAGCUGCAGCAGCACUCCCUGGCCCUCCAGGGGCAGCAUGGUCAGGCCCUGGCUGGCGCCCCGCAGCCACAGCAGGGACAGCAGGCUGUCUUCCGCUUCCCUGCUGCUGUCUCCCUCACAGGAGCGGGGGUUCCCCAGCAGCUCCAGGCUAUCCAGGUACACCACAACACCCAGUCCACUUCCAACAGCGACAGCAGCCUCGACAUCUGCCACACCUCCACAAACUCCACCGCGACGGUGAGUCUCCCAGCAACCAUCGUCACCUCAUCAGUGCCAACGUCUGUCGCGGGUCACAUGAUGUACCCCAGCCCGCACACGGUGAUGUACGCCUCCACGCCGACGCUGGCUGACGGGGGGCUGGCUGUGCUCAACGCCUUCUCCCAGGGCACCUCAGCCAUGCAGGUGUCCCACGCACAGGCCCAAGACUCAGGUGCUGUCCCUCAGGUGUUCCUUGCAGCACCUCCAGGCACGGUGCAGAUCCCCGUCUCAGCGGUGCAGCUACACCCAAUGGUGAUUGGCCAGCAGUCGAGCGGCAGCAGCAGUAACCUGACGGAGCUCCAGGUGGUCAACUUGGACGCGGCACAGAACUCAAAGAGCGACUGACGGACGGCUGGAGCUGUUUAACGCGGCAGACCCAGGGACACAGACAGACAGACGGAUGGACAGACUUGCAUACAUCUCUAUUUAUUGAUGCCUUCCUACAGAGUUUCACAUUACACUUCUGAAUGUGACUUUAAAGUACAUAUAUACACACAAUCAAGGGCAUAUGUGUGGCUGACCCUUAAACAGUAUACAGUAUGUUUUUUUUGGUAUAUAAAUAUAUAUAUAUUCGCAAAUGCAUAGGAAAUAUAUCACAACAUCCAUCAUCGGAACCUAUUUUCUAUGCCGUUAGAUGGUGUUAUUUUUGUGUGUGUGUGGUUUUUUUGUUUGUUUUUUGAAAAUGUGUAAUUACAUGUACACACACACACACUGCGAGGUGCCACCGCUUCACACCAGCCAAAGAGACAUUUGUUUGUCUGAAUGUUCCAGUGUGAGCAACUUGUGCACAAGCAUGUGUGUCCGUGUGUGCGCGCAUAUCUGGGGUUUGUAAAUGGGCGGGGUGACGCUUAUUGACUUAAAAAAAAGACAUUUGGAAAUGUACAUAGUUUUUUUUUUUUUAUUGAUACCUUGUAUUUUUAGCCUGGUUUAGUUUGUGGAACGGCAUGUAGUUGUUUUUUACGUAGUGGUUUUGUAUGUACAUGAAAAUGAUUUGCAUAAAGAAAAAGAAUGAUUUACAUGUAAAUGUAAAUUAAUUUAAUAUACCAUCAUA